GAUUAGAGAUAUUACUGUGGGGAUUGCUGCUACUGCCUGUGAUCUGAGGACAAGUCUAUCCCCUCCUCUGCUACUGGGCCAGACACACGUGUGCGCACACACACACACACACCCUACAGGUUAACAAACCAUGCCACUUUAUGCACAACGACUGCUUUUAACAAUUUCCACAGAAAAUUUUACAAAAACUAAUUUAGUGGAAGACCUUUGGUAAUGGAAUUACAGUCUAAUCUUAUUCAGGUUUUUAUGUGACCAAAAACUCUGUUAAAUAUCUGCUGAAUGAAGAUUGAAAUGUCUGCUGAAGACUGGGGAGUCAGCUAUGACGUGGCACCUUAGCUUAGAAAACAUAUAUUUUGGUUAUUGAACUACAGUAAGUGAAGUGGAUUUACACCUUGUAACAGAAUUAUGGUAAUGGGAUUACAUCAUGGGUCCCUGGUCUGUACUACACGCAGAAAUGCAUAAUUAUGUUUGUCAUUCUCCUCAUGUUUCACAAGUUUGGUCAUCACAGUGCAGCAGAGUACAAUACAGCACAGUGGAGUACAUGACAGUACAUUACAAUGUACUGUACCACUGCAUUGUAUUAGACUACUCUAUUGUACUCUACUCACUGUACUGCACUGUGCUAUCCAAACAUGUGAAACAUACGUCUAUGAUAGGUUCAGAUUUGGUCCAGUCCGUCUGUGGGCGUUAACAUCAAGGCCAGGGUGGACUGACCAACUUUCAACUACUUUUCAACGUCCAUGGACAUCCGAUGUCGGUCGGUGCUCAGUGGGUGAGGCUGAUGCUCACAGUAAAUGGAAAGAGAGGGGACUCGUGGUUAUGUGUCUAAGAGCUGGGAGAGGUGACAUUUAACUGGAGAGAGACAGACAGGGAUGUGAGGGGUUGCUGAACAUAACAGUAUGGAAGAGGGAGGACCGUAGAAGGUGACCCAACUGUGGUUUGUGACUGUUAUGAUUUCCCAUUGUAUCCCAUUCAGUUGCAGUAAUUCCCUUUAAUAUUUUUUGGGGUAAGAGUUUGAAUUCAUCAUUCAUAAACAUAAUUGAUAUAGUAAUUUGAACUCAUUGCUAGGUCUACCAUUACUUAAUACUUCAUUUCACAAAAAUAUAGACUCUUAGCUUUCAUUUGACACCCAAUUUGGUAUGCUCCAAUGAACUUCACGUGUUGGUGCUCAUGGGUCCUUUUCCAUGGAAAUGCCCCUACCUGUCCUGUUGUGACCGGCAAUUCUGUGAAUGAGGAGUUGGUAUGUUCUCCCUUUUUGAAACAGAUUAGCCUAGGCUACCACGAAGGGAAGGAUUAGUGUCCGCCCUGCAGCUCAGGAAACACAAUCACUCCCUGUUCUCUCGCUAUUCACUGACUCUUUCUGCUGUACAGGGCCCUGCUCCCAGUCAGCAUGUUUUGCCUAGCUAGUAGUUAUAGGCAAUGUUGGCAGUUUAUCUUCAGAGGAAUCUGGAAGACAACAAACACUGUUUUAUGUUGCCCUUGAGACUACCUUUACCUUAACUGACACCAUUAUUUGCACCAGACUGCUGUUUGUUCUAUAAUCAACAUUCUGUGGCUCUCAAUGUUAUUUGUCAUAAUGCAAACCGUUUGUUACUGUGUUUACCAGUGUUUUUGUGACAUAUUUGACUGUCUUUGCAAAUGUCUAAUGGCUGUAUGUGGUGCUAGACUGUAUGUGGGCACUGGGUCUGCAUUAUUUGAACACCAGUCUCACCCUCUCAGCUGUUGGUCUGAAUUAGAAAAUGCAGCUUGUUGAGUGAGGUGGUUAAACGGCUUCUGUCAUACAGAGCGAACAGCGGAGUUCAGCUCUGCCUUCAUCACUCCUCUCUCUGUUUCUCUGCUUCAUUCUUUUUUUUUCUCUCCCCUCCCCCAAUCCCCUUCCAUCCCUCUUUGUUUACUUGCUCUCAUCCCUCAAUGGGUACCACCCAACAACCUGCUUGUGAUUGGUGGAAGUGGGCUGAGUGGGCGGAUCUAUUUUGUGCUUGUGAGGUUUUUUACCAGUCCGAGCGAGCACAGGCUGUCAGUGUCAGAAGGGUUUCAGUGGGCAGCAGGCGAGACUUUCAGUCAGGCUGUGUCUCACUCAGACCACACUCUGCAGAGCAGACCUUCAUUUUCAAUCUCAGGACACAAAGGACUUUCUGUUUCUACACCACUCUGCCUACUUUCUAAGGCCAGGAGGAAAAACGGGAUUUAAGAUUGACCAACGCUGAGCCGAUAUUUCUCUUUCUCUCUUCCUCCUUCCAGUCAUUAUUUGUUUUCAUCUUGCAGAAUCCCUCCUGAACAUAGGAGAGAUCAGGAAAGGAGGGAUCAAAAUAAACAUCAAUAGAGAGAGUCUGCGUGGGUGGUCGUCCGACAGCCCUGCUGCACGGUGUCCCUGAGGAGGGAGGCUAAUGUGCGUGGCAUCACUGUGCUCCGGAUCAGGGUCAGUGGAGAAUGAGUCCGGCCGUGGAGGCUCAGACCAUGCAGGCCAAGCAGCAGCAAACGCAGCAUCAGCUACAACACUAUCUGGAGAAAGGAGUCCCGCUUGAGCCUUUCAUGCACCAGGUGGGGGGCCACUGCUGCGUGCUGCGUUUUGGAGAGCAGACCAUCUGCAAGCCCCUCAUCCCCCAAGAGCACCAGUUCUACAAGAGCCUACCCAGCGCCAUGAGGAAGUUCACCCCCCAGUACCGAGGUGUGGUAUCUGUGGGUUUUGAAGAGGAUGAGGAGGGCAACCUGUGUCUCAUAGCGUACCCCCUGCACAGUGACUCUGGGGUUGGGCACCUGGAGAAUAUAGAUCUGACGGUCAACAGCGAGCCAUACAGCAAGAUGCUGCACUGGGGCAACAAGCAGCUGUCUGCCCGGAGUCUGCUGGACUCACACGAAGACAAGGACAUGAGUCAUAAGCAUGAGGAGGAGGAGCUGGAGUGGCUGCAGCAAGAGGAGGUGCCUCUAGAAGGCAGCAACGCCAUCCAACACAACCCCUGGAGACUCCAACUCCAACAGAAACACCUGCAGAGGAUGAAGGAGAACGCCAAGCACCGCAACCAGUACAAAUUCAUCCUGCUGGAGAACCUGACGUGGCGACACACGGUUCCGUGUGUGCUGGACCUGAAAAUGGGAACGCGGCAGCACGGUGACAACGUGUCCGAGGAGAAGAAGGUUAUGCAAAUCCGCAAGUGCCAGCAAAGCACCUCAGCCUCCAUCGGAGUACGCCUCUGUGGCAUGCAGGUAUACCAGUCAGACUCGGGUCAGCUCAUGUUCAUGGAUAAAUACAUUGGGCGUAAACUGACCCUGUCGGGCUUUAAGGAAGCCUUGUUCCAGUUCUUCCAUGACGGGAGGCGUCUGCGGCGUGAGCUGCUCUCCCCGGUGUUGCGGAGGCUCAGGGAGAUGCAAGCAGCCCUGGAGAGCUGUGAGUCCUACCGCUUCUAUUCCUCCUCCCUACUGAUCAUCUAUGACGGCGAGCCACCCUGCACACACGCACACAGGGCCCCCGAGGACGGUUUGUCUGAGGAGGAAGUGGAAGAGGAUGAAGAGGCAGGUGCGUUUGGGUUUACCCGCAGUAGUAGUGGUAGCGCUGGUGGUGGGUGCCCGGCAGCCCGAUCUGAUACAGGCCCUGACCCGGCGGUGGACGUAAGGAUGAUUGACUUUGCACACACCACCUGCCCUGAGUUUGUGGAGGACAGUGUGGUGCACGAGGGCCAGGACAGUGGCUACAUCUUUGGUCUGCAGAACCUCAUCGCCAUCAUCUCCAAGCUGGAGGACCACAGCACAGACUAAAACAGUCUCUCUUUUGGACUCAUGGAAGAAGCAUCACACUGGACUACAGAGGCUGGCCUUAGGGGCAUGCUGAACAUUGCUGUAGCCUGUUUUCCACAAGGUCCUUGUUUCUGUUCUUGGUGCUUCUGUUGGGUGUUUUUGUUUGUGUCCCUGGGGGAUAAAAAGGGCCCUGAUAGUUCAUGUUUAAAGAGACAUUUGCGAUCUUCAGUUAACUCAGUGAGUUGUCACCCUUAUCUACUGCUUACUCUUUUACAAACUUGAUUAUUUUCUCCAGUGAAAGGAAGUCCAUGACCGCAAGCACAGAUUUUAACGGUUCCUGCUGCCUUAUAUACACACAAACACAUGCACUGAUGUUUUGUGCUUACUGAUGGGGCAGAUUUGAGAAAGCAAAAGAGAGAAACUGCUGUACCUGUGUGAAAUUAAAGUUGCUAAGGGAAAACAUCUUCCAUUUUUCUACUAUACCAGUUUAUUUUGCCAUCCCGUUCCCUUUGGAUUCAAAGAAGAGACUGCGGUGUAUUCAGAUUGUGAUCUAAUAGCUUACAGAGGCCUUUUACAGGUAACUGCCCAAAUCAAGGAAGCACCAACAUAGUGUCUUUAUGGGCCACCACGAGCCAGAACAGUUUCAAUGCGCCUUGGCAUAGAUUCUACUUUAUUGCGACACCAUUCUUCCACAAUAAAUUCCAUAAUUUGUUGUUUUAUUUAUGGUGGUGUAAAACGCUGUCUCGUGCUGCUCCGUAAUCUCCUAUAAGUGUUCAGUUGGGUUGAAAUCUGGUGACUGAGACACACCCACAAAAUAAAAAACUAUACUAAAAUACACACACCCUAUAAACCCCCUGUGCUCCUUUGCGACCCCUCUUUCAAAGUCACUGAGAUCUCUUCUAGCCAUAGUAGCCAAACUAGUGGGCAACUGGGCAUUUUCAUACAUGCUGAUGGGAUGUUGCUUAAUUAACUCAGGAAACACACCUGUCUGGAAGCACCUGCUUUCAAUAUACUUCAUAUCCCUCAUUUACUCAAGUGUUUCCUUUAUUUAGUCAGGUACCUGUAGAUCUAUUUAUUUGACAUGUUUCUUAAACUAAAACAUGUAAAAACGAAAGUGAAUGGAGAUACAAAGACUACAUUCCAUGUUAUUAAUCUGAUUAUUAAUUAAUAUUGUUGUUUUAUGUUCAGAUAUCUCCUAUCUUGUAUCUGUCUUGUCCACAUUUUGUUGGAGAAAUAAAACAAUUUCUGUUUGUGGCAAA